AUGAGGUCGCAGCUCAACGCGUCCGUCUCGCCGUCGCUGCCGCCGCCGCCGUCCUCGCUCCGGCGAGCUCUCCCCUCUGCCACGCCCCGCGCCCUCAGGUUCCACGCGUCCCCGUGGCGGUUCCGCGCUCCUCCUCGUCACCACGGCCGCAAAGCUGGAGCUCGCUGCGCUACCAAUCUGCCCGCGCCCGGCAGCCAAGGAGUUGGAGUGCUCGCCUCCGAGAGGAGGCCCGAUGAUGGCGACACUACUACUGUGAAAAAUGCAGAGGCGCCUAGCACUUCAACAUCCACUGCAAAUUCCUUGGGCUUUCCCACACAGGGGAACUGCAACAUGGCUGCCAUUGUUAGCAUAGCAUUCUGCUUUCUACACAGAAUCGUUUCUGGACGGAUGCAGUUGAUGAUGAAUUUGUUCCCCUGGAUGUCAAAUGGCAUUACAAGUUUGCCAUUUGCUUGCAUAUCUGAUCCUACCAGAAAACCCAUGCCUCUUAAGCUAGAUUUGACUCUUCCACCACUGCCUAAUUUUGGAGGGAGUUUUUCACGAUUGUACUAUCUGUUCAACUCUCAGCUUGAUCGGAACAUUGCCUUGUCUAUUGUUACCUUGCUCAUCACAUGCUUUUCAUUUGUCAUUAUUGGAGGAUUACUGUUUCAUAAGUUCAGGAAGCAACAACAAUCCCUGGAGGACUGCUUUUGGGAAGCUUGGGCAUGUCUAUGUUCAUCAUCUACCCAUCUAAGGCAAAAGACACGUGUUGAGCGUGUCAUUGGGUUCUUUCUUGCUAUCUGGGGUAUAUUAUUCUAUUCUCGUUUAUUAAGUGCAAUGACAGAGCAAUUUAGAAACCAGAUGCAUAAAGUAAGGGAAGGGGCGCAGGUGCAGGUUAUUGAGGAUGAUCAUAUCAUUAUUUGUGGAGUCAAUAGUCAUCUGACGUCCAUAUUGAUCCAAUUGGAUAAGUACCAUGAAUCAUCAAUUCGCUUAGGUUUAGCUACAGCAAGGAAGCAGAAAAUCCUUCUUCUCUCGGAUCUUCCAAGGAAGCAGAUUGACAAGCUUGCAGAUAGUGUGGCCAAAGAUUUAAACCAUAUUGAUGUAUUCACCAAGAGUGCUAGUCUUAGCAUGUCAAAAUCAUUUGAGAGAGCAGCAGCACACAAAGCAAAGUCUAUAAUUAUCUUGCCAGCAAAGCACGAAAGAUAUGAAGUGGAUACAGAUGCAUUUGUCUCUCUAUUGGCUCUGCAACCUUGUACACAAAUCGCACCUAUCCCUAUCAUUGUUGAGGCUUCUAACUCAACCACAUGUGAACUUCUGAAAUCAAUCACUGGCUUAAAUGUGCAACCUGUGGAGAUGGUUGCUUCUAAGUUGUUUGUGCAGUGCUCUAGGCAAAAGGGCCUUCUGAAAAUCUACAAGCACUUGCUUAAUCAGCGCAAAAAUGUUUUCAACCUUUUUAGCCGGCCUGAACUAGGGGGCAUGAAGUAUAUGGAUGUCAGACGUAAAAUCCAUGAUGCAGUCGUUUGCGGUAUCUUUCGGUCUGGAAAAAUUUAUUUUCACCCAAGCGAGGAAGAACUGCUGAAAGAAACAGACAAAUUACUUCUUAUUGCUCCUAUUCAUGGGAUGAGAAGACCAAAAUAUAGAGUGUUAAGUGUACCGAAAGAAACACAAACAUCGAGUCAUUACUCAGAAUCAAGAGAGGAUCAAGGAUCAUUUAAUACGGCUACUACCAUGGAUAAUGAAACACGGCUAAAGAACAUUGUAAAGCGCCCCUCAAAAUCUCUUUCUAAGAGCAGUGAUUAUAUGCUGGGACCAAAGGAACGUGUGCUUAUUGUUGGCUGGCGACCAAAAGUUACCGAAAUGAUACGGGAGUAUGAUAGUUACCUUGGACCUGGUAGUACAGUGGAAAUUUUGUCAGAAACCCCUAUUAAAGAGAGGAGCAGUAUCAUCAAUCCCCUUUUGCAGAGCCAGCUUAAAAAUGUUGAAGUUACUCAUCGGGUAGGGUGUCCUUUGAACUAUGAUACUCUGAAGGAAACGAUAAUUAACAUGCAGAAAUCUGCCCCUGAUAAAGAGGUUCCACUUUCAAUAGUUGUGAUAUCUGACAGAGACUGGUUUGUUGGAGCAGAUGCUGCACAGGCUGAUAAACAGUUGGCAUAUACCCUUCUUCUUGCUGAAAACAUUUGCCAGAAACAUGGUGUUACGGUUGAGAAUCUUGUAUCAGAAAUUGUUGACAUGGGACUGGGAAAACAAAUAUCUAAAAUAAGACCAUCCCUUUCAUUUAUUGGAGCAGAGGAAAUAAUGAGCCGUGUUACAGCACAAGUUGCGGAAAGUAGUGAGCUGAAUGAAGUCUGGAAGGAUAUCCUGAACGCUGAAGGCGAUGAGAUCUACAUUAAGGAAAUUGGGCUGUACAUGAAGGAAGGAGAGAAGAUAUCAUUCUUGGAGCUUUCUGAAAGAGCAGUUUUACGUCGUGAAGUUGCGAUUGGUUACGUCAAGGACGGCAAGCAGCAUAUUAAUCCUAUCAACAAAUCGGAGCCACUGUUUCUUGAAAUGAAUGAUUCACUCAUUGUGAUAUCGGAGUUUGAAGGUGAACAGCCAAUUAUGAUGGAAGAAGGAACUUCAAGAUAG